GUUUGUUUGAGCUUCAACCAACACCGUCUGUCAUACUCCACCUUUCGUCCGACAAACCUUCAACUUCCACCGUCCACCUUGACAAUACCACCUGAACAUAUUAAAUCGUCGAUAUGGCCCAGUUUUCCGAGGAAACCAAGGAGCGCAUCUCCAAGGUCAUUGAUGUCUCCAGAGUUGCGAUCCACUAUGGCUAUCUGCCCUUGAUCAUCUAUCUCGGCUACACCUACAGUGAACCGAGACCGUCUCUCUUCAAGCUGUUCUCCCCGCUUGCUUAGAUAGAACCGAAACGCCCGCGACGCUCGCCUGCACAAUCACAUCCAGACUUUUCAAGUGACGAUACGCCUUGGGUGUCUUUGAUUUUAGAUUUGUUCCAUCAAGGAGUUUUCUGGAACGUAUAUUCGGAAGAUGAGGAGGGCUGGCCUCGAUUGUCUCGACACAUGGACAUCUAUGUAUUUUUAAGGAAUUAUACCAAGGAAUUUGUCUCUUAUUGUAUAUCAGAGUCGAGGAA